UGGGCCAUCUACAAGGGGAAGUACCAUGAGGGGACGGACAAGGCUGAUCCCUCCACCUGGAAGACGCGUCUCCGCUGCGCCCUCAACAAGAGCACCGACUUCCAGGAGGUGCCCGAGCGGAGCCAGCUGGACAUCUCUGAGCCCUACAAGGUGUACCAGAUUGUGUCUGAUGGUGCCCGGGACACAGAGAAGAACAGUGACCCACGGUCCCCAGCUGGCGAGGAUCAGCAGGGCAGCACCGCAGGGAGUUUGGAGGAGAGCCAGAAAGGCACGAUGGGGACGUGCCAUGUGUCUCCACUGACCCUGCUCUCUGCCCACCCGGCCGAACGAGGGUACCACGUAAGGGGAGUCUUCUAUGGCUGGGACCCCUCCCCCCCGCCGCGGGCGCUCGGCAGCAGUGGCCGGGUGGCCGGCAUGACCGAUGUGCUGGAGCGGCUCCUGCCCCACCUGGAACGUGGCGUGCUGCUGUGGGUAGCGCCCGAGGGGGUCUUCAUGAAGCGCCAGUGCCAGGGCAGGGUGUACUGGAACGGGCCACUGGCUCCGCACAGGGACUGGCCCAACAAGCUGGAGAGGGAGAAGACGUACAAGCUGCUGGACACCCAGCAGUUCCUGCAGCGUGCCGGGGCCAUCGUGGUCGGGGUGCACACAGACCUGUGCCCGUUCUCCGUUGGCUCUAUCCCUCCGCAGGUGGAGCCAGUGUUUGCACGGGAGCUCUUCCAUCAUGCUCAGCGCAUGGGCCCGACGCUGCUCCGUGACUCCCCCCAGCCCU